GCGGUUUGGACCUUUGUGAGUCUCACAUCUGCUCAGGAUGUAAGACGCGUCUUGUAACUCAAACAAGGAGAUGGGUUAGUAUGAUAGCGGUCCAACCGAUUUGCGAUUCGCUCCACUGUAAAUAAGACGUGCAUUUGUUUGGGAAUGGUUGAUGAUUAAAUUCAGGGCAAAGUGCAUGACUACACAAGUCAGUGAGGACAGACGUCGAUAUCAUCGCCAUUGCAUAACUUUAACUUCCAUGUAUCUGAAGUUGGGCACCAGGAUCUGAGCGCUAUGUGGUACUUUUGCGAUGUUUUCGGCCGUAUAUGGCAAUCGCCGUUUAUUUUGUUUUAUUUGUUGGCGUUUUGGGUCGCACCUGCGUUCCUGCAUCCACAGUGUUUGGAUUUUAAACCCCCCUUUCAGCCUCAACAAGAGCUUCAGUUCUGUCAAAUGUAUAAAUACUUCGGCUGCUGUGACUAUGCCAGGGACCAAGAGCUGAUGGCAAAAUACUAUCGGAUAAUGGAUAACUUCGAUUAUUAUGGAUAUUCGAACUGUGCCGUGUACGUUCAGGAUCUGCUUUGUCAGGAAUGCUCUCCAUAUGCUGCUCACCUUUUUGAUGCCGAAGACCCCAGCACGCCUUUACGGACCAUACCUGGACUCUGCCCCGACUAUUGCUCUCAAUUCCAUUCCAAGUGCAGAUCCUUUCUUACCUUGUUGUCUGAUGAUCCACGUCUUACAGAACUUGAGCAUGACCAGCGCAGGCUUUGUCAGUACCUAGAGCUGGAUGACCCAGAUUACUGCUAUCCUCAUCUGCUGAGUAAUGAUCGCUUGACCAAAAAUCUUGGCCGCACUGCAGCGGAUCCUGAGGGCUGCUUGCAGCUGUGUUUGGAGGAGGUAGCCAAUGGACUCAAAAAUCCUCUUGCCAUGGUUCACGCCAAUGAUGGCACGCACAGGUUUUUCGUUGCUGAACAAGUUGGCCUGGUCUGGGUAUACCUUCCAGAUCGAUCAAAGCUUGAAAAUCCAUUUCUAAACAUCACAAAGGCUGUGUUGACAUCUCCAUGGGAAGGUGAUGAAAGAGGAUUUUUGGGACUCACCUUUCACCCCAACUUUAAAUACAAUGGAAAGCUGUAUGUAUACUACUCUGUUGAGGUGGGCUUUGAUGAGAGAAUCCGUAUCAGUGAGUUCCGUAUCUCUUCUACGGAUAUGAAUGUAGUUGACCACAGUUCAGAGAGAAUCAUUUUAGAGAUCGAUGAACCUGCUUCUAAUCACAAUGGUGGGCAGCUUCUUUUCGCCGAUGACGGAUACUUAUACAUCUUCACUGGGGAUGGAGGAAUGGCAGGAGAUCCAUUUGGGAAAUUCGGAAAUGCACAGAACAAAUCUGCCCUUUUGGGAAAGGUUCUUCGCAUUGAUGUAGAUGACAACGAAAGGGGGCCACUGUAUAGAAUCCCACCAGACAAUCCGUUCGUACAUGAACCCAACGCUCGUCCCGAGGUGUAUGCCUAUGGGGUGAGGAACAUGUGGAGAUGCUCAGUAGACAGAGGGGAUCCGAACACCAAGGAAGGAAAAGGACGAAUUUUCUGUGGGGACGUGGGCCAGAAUAAGUAUGAGGAAGUAGACAUUGUGGAGAAGGGCCGGAAUUAUGGCUGGAGAGCAAAAGAGGGUUUCUCUUGUUAUGACAAAAAACUCUGUGCCAACAGCUCCUUAGAUGAUGUUCUUCCAAUUUACGCAUAUCCACACAAAAUGGGGAAAUCAGUCACAGGUGGAUAUGUUUACAGAGGCUGUGAAAAUCCAAAUUUAAAUGGAAUGUACAUAUUUGGAGACUUCAUGAGUGGACGCCUGAUGAGUUUAAAAGAAAACAGAAACACACACAGUUGGGAAUACAAUGAGAUCUGCAUGGGUGUGGGUCUGACUUGUUCAUUUCCAGGGCUCAUCAACAAUUACUAUCCAUACAUCAUUUCGUUUGCAGAGGAUGAAGCAGGUGAACUCUAUUUUAUGUCCACCGAAAUACCAAGUGCAACAUCUCCUACAGGCAUUGUGUACAAGGUUGUUGACCCCUCAAGACGUGCACCUCCAGGAAAAUGUCAUUAUGAGCCACUUUCAGUUCGUGUUAAGAGCAAUUUUAUACCAUUCAAGCCAAAGGAAAAAUUGAUAGGAGUCCAUGUUCCAACAAAGCCACCCAGACUCUCAAAUGCAGAGGGAGAUCCUGAAGAUGGCUCAAAAGACUGGUUUCAAGAGCUGUUGGACAUCUUCAAUGAGCUAGAUGGGCAGACCACCACCACACCAAUCACCCCAACUACACCCAAGCCCAUCAGGACGUCCAGACAGCGGAAAGGUAGACGCAGGAAGGGCAAGCACAAGAACGGAGCGGUGAGAUUAGUCGGGGAUGAAGAGGGUCGGAGGGAUCGGGGAAGGGUGGAAGUAUAUGCAAAUGGAGAAUGGGGGACCGUUUGUGAUGAUCUCUGGAACACCAAGAAUGCCGUAGUGGUCUGCCGGCAGCUCGGGUUCCGCCAUGCACUUAAGGCUGCCAAGCACGCCGAGUUUGGGGAAGGGACGAACCUGAAGAUUAUUUUGGAUGAUGUGCAGUGUGAGGGGACCGAGGAAACUCUCUUGGAUUGUCAGCAUGCUGGGAUUGGCACACACAACUGCGCUCACUACGAAGAUGCAGGAGUGAUAUGUGGAAAUUCAGAUUCAGGCCUAGUAUAAUCUGAAACGUUUCAGAAACAACGUUUUUGUUAUUAGUUGUAGCACAUACCUCAUCUUUUCCAACUGCAAUAGAAAAGACAUAUGGACUUUUUUUCUCAGUCGCUUUGGUACAUUUCUCGAAUCAUUCUUAACAUUGCACAAACAGUAAGGGCAUUUCUUGAAACAAUUCGUGCAAAGAGCACCACACAAUGGAUGUCCUGCAAAAGCCUGUAACUUGCUCAAAUCCUACAGAAAAGAAAAAGACAAGUAUACAGUAUUACAGUACAGUGCACAUUGUUGGAUUACAUACCUAUUCUGUCCACAAAACAUUUGAAUAUUUUCCCAACCUUUGGCCUCCACCUUUCGACUUGCCUCGGCCAUUGUGAGGCCGUGAUUGAGAACAUGUUUCACAUAGUGGCCUUUAUUUAAUCAGAAACUUGCCUAUGUCCUCGGCCUCUUCUACAUUUUCUACCUACCUGACCUUUUUUUUUUUCUUUCUUGUUCUUUCAUUGUCAGAAAUUGUAACACUGUGUUGUGCUUUGUCUAUAUAUGCUAGCCAAAUGAAGCUUUAUAAGAUGCACCUCUGAGGUAUUUUACAGAACUGGUUGAUCAUUGGUUGAUCAAAUUUACAUUUUCUUCAUUAGUGAAAUUCAAGAUUUACCUGCGCAAUUCAUCAAUUCAGGACACAUUUGCCUAAAAGUCUAAAAGAAAUUUAUAGAAAAUAUGCUUAGCAGAUUAUGACAACUAGUUCAACCAUUUUGUGUUUACUGACUUACGCAAUAAACUAAUGUCUAGAUGUCUUGGGGUGGUAAAACUAUUGAACAGAGAACCAGUAGGCCUAAUAUAUUAUGAUCAAUAUGACAAGCAAUUGAUAAUGUUGGAAACAGCAGAAAUCAAUUGCAUGAAUGUACCAAAGCAUUGACAAUUUGUUCAAAAAAAAAAAAAGAGAAAUUGCGUUUUGAGAAUUUCAGUUGUGAUUGAGAAAUGUACCAAAGCGGCUGAGAAAAACUGUAAAACGUAAUAUUUGAGUUUAGUUUAAAUCAUAACGAAACAUUAAUGUUCAGGAUUUUUAUGCUCAAAUUAUGUGGAUGUUUUACUUUUAAUCAAUUAAGUUUUGUUGUCCCAUAAAUUACAUCAUUACAAAACUUUUGUAACCGUUCAUUUAGCAUCAUUCAUUCACAUAAAUAAAUUUGAAAUGAGA